GCCCCUUCCCCUCAGCGCCGCGCCCCUCAGAGCCGCCGGCGGCGAUCGAGGGAUGCGCCGCGUCCCGGCAGCCAGCAUUGCUAACAUGAUGACCUGACAAGAUACGAGACAGUCCUGACUAUGCAGCGCGGGUACUGAUGGGAAGGAUCCAAUAUGAGUGUAAAUGAUGUUGGAGGAAGACGACGCUUGGAGGAUAGUGAGUACACACUGCACAUCUACCCUGGGAGCAUUGUGGAAGGGACAAUCUACUGCCCCAUCACUGCCAGAAAAACAUCCACGGCCGCUGAGGUGAUCGAUUCCCUCAUUAAUAAACUGCAGCUUGAGAAAACAAAAUGUUACGUCCUGGCCGAAGUGAAGGAGUUUGGUGGGGAGGAGUGGAUCCUCAACCCCACGGACUGCCCGGUCCAGCGUAUGAUGCUGUGGCCACGCAUGGCCCUGGAGAACCGCAUCAGCGGCGAGGAUUAUCGCUUCCUCCUGCGGGAGAAGAACCUGGACGGGUCCAUUCACUACGGCAGCCUCCAGUCCUGGCUGCGGGUGACGGAGGAGCGCCGCAGGAUGGUGGAGCGGGGCUUCCUUCCCCAGCCCCAGCAGAAGGACUACGAUGACUUGUGCGGCCUGCCGGACUUGAACGAAAAAACACUCCUGGAAAACCUCAGAAACCGCUUCAAGCAAGAAAAAAUCUACACCUACGUGGGCAGCAUCCUCAUCGUUAUUAACCCCUUCAAGUUUCUACCUAUUUAUAACCCCAAAUAUGUCAAGAUGUACGAUAACCAUCAGCUGGGAAAGCUGGAGCCCCAUAUUUAUGCUGUGGCAGACGUGGCUUACCACGCCAUGCUUCAGCGGAGGAAGAACCAGUGCAUCGUGAUUUCAGGAGAGAGUGGGUCAGGAAAGACACAGAGCACCAACUUUCUGAUUCAUCACCUCACCGCCCUCAGCCAGAAGGGGUUUGCCAGUGGAGUAGAACAGAUUAUUCUUGGAGCUGGACCAGUGCUUGAGGCUUUUGGAAAUGCAAAAACAGCCCAUAACAACAACUCAAGUCGCUUUGGCAAAUUUAUUCAAGUGAAUUAUCAAGAGACGGGCACCGUGCGAGGAGCUUAUGUUGAAAAGUACCUCCUGGAGAAGUCAAGACUCGUCUAUCAGGAGCACAAUGAACGAAACUACCAUGUAUUUUAUUACCUCCUGGCAGGAGCGAGCGAGGAGGAGAGAUCAGCAUUUCAUCUGAAGCAGCCUGAGGAAUAUCAUUACCUCAACCAGAUGACAAAGAAACCCCUCAAACAGAGCUGGGAUGAUUAUUGCUAUGACUCUGAGCCGGACUGCUUUUCUGUGGAAGGGGAGGACUUGAAGCAUGACUUUGAGAGGUUACAACUGGCCAUGGAGAUGGUGGGGUUUCUUCCCAAGACACGCAGACAAAUUUUCUCUCUGUUGUCAGCGAUCCUACACCUGGGUAACAUCCAGUACAAAAAGAAAACUUACCGGGAUGACUCCAUUGAUAUUUGUAACCCUGAAAUACUCCCUAUUGUGUCUGACCUGCUGGAGGUGAGAGAAGAGAUGCUGUUUGAGGCCCUCGUUACCAGAAAGACAGUGACAGUUGGAGAGAAGCUCAUCUUACCAUACAAACUAGCAGAGGCUGUGACUGUGCGAAACUCCAUGGCUAAAUCGUUGUACAGUGCCCUAUUUGACUGGAUAGUGUUCAGAAUUAACCAUGCACUCCUCAACUCAAAGGACAUGGAGGAAAACACCAAGACUUUAUCCAUUGGAGUACUUGAUAUUUUUGGGUUUGAAGACUAUGAAAAUAAUAGUUUUGAGCAAUUCUGCAUUAACUUCGCCAACGAGCGCUUGCAACACUACUUUAACCAACACAUUUUCAAACUUGAACAGGAAGAAUAUAGAGCAGAAGGAAUUAGUUGGCACAACAUUGACUACAUUGACAACUCCAGCUGCAUCAACCUGAUCAGUAAGAAGCCGACAGGCCUGCUCCAUCUGCUGGAUGAGGAAAGCAAUUUUCCUCAAGCCACAAACCAGACACUCCUGGACAAAUUUAAGCGUCAGCAUGAAGGGAAUUCCUACAUCGAAUUUCCAGCAGUCAUGGAGCCAGCUUUCAUCAUCAAACACUACGCAGGCAAAGUGAAGUACGGCGUCAAGGAUUUCCGGGAGAAAAACACGGAUCACAUGCGCCCGGACAUUGUGGCUCUCCUGCGGAGCAGCAGGAAUGCCUUCAUCUGUGGGAUGAUUGGGAUCGACCCGGUGGCCGUGUUCCGCUGGGCCGUCCUGAGGGCCUUCUUCAGGGCAAUGGUGGCCUUUAGGGAGGCUGGGAAACGAUACGUGGAGAAGAAAACUGGGCAUGAUGAUGCAGUGCCAUGUGCGGUUUUGAAAAGUGUGGAUAGUUUUAGCUUUCUCCAUCACCCAGUUCAUCAGAGGAGCUUAGAGAUCCUGCAGAGAUGCAAGGAGGAGAAGUACAGUAUUACUCGGAAGAGCCCAAGGACACCGCUCUCAGAUCUCCAGGGAGUCAAUACCAUCAACGAGAGGACCCAGCGCGAUGCCUACGGGGUCGGCUGGAACAGCCGGAUGGGGAUGCGGCACAGCAGGAUCACCAGUCCCAGCACCUUCCUAGACAAAGAUGGGAUAUUCGUCAAUGUGACCAACAGCAAGCUGCUGGAGAGGGCCCACGGCAUCCUCAUGCGAAAUAAGAAUUUCAAAGCCAAACCAAAUCUCCCAAAGCAUAUGCUGGAUGUGAAGUCCCUCAAGCACCUAACCAACCUGACACUACAUGACCGCAUAACCAAAUCGCUCCUCCAUCUCCAUAAGAAGAAAAAACCACCCAGCAUUAGUGCCCAGUUCCAGGCAUCGCUCAACAAGUUGAUGGAGACCCUUGGCCAAGCAGAACCUUAUUUUGUCAAGUGCAUUCGGUCCAAUGCUGAAAAGCUGCCCCUGCGCUUCAGUGACAGCCUGGUGCUCAGGCAGCUGCGGUACACAGGGAUGCUGGAGACCGUUCGCAUUCGCCAGUCGGGUUACAGCUGCAAAUACUCCUUCCAGGAUUUUGUCAACCAUUUUCAUGUCUUGCUACCACAAGGAAUCAGCCCAUCUAGGAACAAUAUCCAUGACUUCUUCCAGAAAAUAAAACUUGAUCCAGACAAUUACCAAGUGGGAAGGACAAUGGUUUUCAUGAAGGAGCGGGAGCGGCAGGUCCUGCAGGACCUGCUCCAUCAGGAGGUGCUGCGCCGGAUCACCCUGCUGCAGCGCUGGUUCCGCAGCGUCCUCUGCAGGAGGCAGUUCCUGACCUUACGGGAAGCAACACUCAUCAUCCAGAGAUAUUGGCGUAAUUACCGAAGCCGAAAGCAAGGUGAACCAUCCCUGGACCCUCUUGUCCUCAGCAAAGCUGCUGUCGUUCUCCAGACCCGCUGGCGUGGCUUCGUGGAGCGGCGAAGGUUCCUGCAGAUGCAGCUGGCAGCCCACCUCAUCCAGAGCUGCUGGCGGGAGUAUGCCAGGCGGCGGCACGGCGCUGCCACCAGCAUCCAGGCGGCCUGGCGAGGACACCGCGCAAAGCAGUCCUACGCCACCGGCAGAAGCAAAGUCGUUGGCUUGCAAGCGGCAUGCAGAGGAUAUUUAGCAAGGCAAAGGUUUAGAGCUUUGAAAGACCAGCGAUUAAAAGAGAUGCAGCUGGAGAAUGGCCUGUCAGUUGGAGAAGAGGAUGGACCAGAGGCAGAUGGUACACUGGAAAUCAAGGGCUCAGACCCAUCUAAGUGGGAGGAUGGCUCAUUUGAAGAGCGAGUGAGAGCAAUAGAGGAACAUAAAUCACUCAUGGAGAAUAAUCGGGUGAAUCACGUGGACCCCCUGGAUACAUCUGCAAAUUUGUUGUACAAAAGGCAUGAGAGAGCCAGUAGCCAGAGUGGGAUGGACACCGAAGAGGAGGUCGUUGUAAGAGAGAGACCCAAGUCGCUGGAGGAUCUCAACCAGAAAAAAGUGGUUCGUGCAAAAAGAGAAAGCCGGAGGAUGCGUGAACUGGAACAGGCAAAAUUUAGCUUGGAGCUGCUCAAGGUCCGGUCCACCGGCGGGCUGUCACCUUCAGAAGAGAGGCGGUGGUCCACAGACCUUGUAUCUGAGGCACUUCAUUCACCUCAGGGAACCCCAGAGAGCGAAAGCUCUCAAGGGAGCUUUGAGAUGUUAAGCUGUGAAGAUACCCCAAGUAAUAAACUCAUUUCUGUCGUUUUCAGUGAGCAAGAUGUGCAGUCACUUUCCACGGAUUCUUGGCCCAGCAGCCCCCAGGCUCACCUGCAGGAGAAGCCUUUCUGUGUGGCAGAUGUGAACAGCAAUUUACCUGCUUGCAGAAAGAUGCUAGCAGACACAGAGCUGCCUGAUAACCUCACCAUAAAGGAGCAUCUUGUCUGUGACCCCCAGGAUGUUGUUACCCCCAAGGUGCAACCAAGAGAAACCUUCCAUGCCAGCAAUCUACCUACUUUCUACAUUCCACCACAAGAGGAUGCGAAGGUGAAGGUGAAGCUGACAGAGAAUAACCUGAGUAACAAAGCAGUGCAAAGAGAGGAGAGGACAGUUAUAUUCUCUCAAAUGAGGGAGGACUCUGAGCCAGACCAGGGCAGAGCUUUGGGGGGAGGGGAGAAAGAGGACAAAUCCUCUAUCAAGAGGGACAGUGGGACAGUGACUGCGCCACAGGGUCAUUCUCCAGACUCAGUCAUCAAGAGACUGGAAAAGCUCAACGUGGAGAAGGAGGAACGUCAAAAGCAGCUUCAGCUGCAAAAUGAGAGGGAGAUGAUGGAGCAGAUCCGUCAGCAGAAGGAAAUUUUGGAGAGACAACGCAAAGCCUUUGAGCAGCAAGGAAAGGUAGAGGCCUUGCAGAAGGCUGAGCAGAACAGAAUGAAGGACACCUCCCUGAAACCAACCAAAAAACCAGACAGCCGUCCUCAGUCCGUCCUCAUCCUGCACCCCCAGAGCAGAGGGGAGCAUGCGCCCACCAUGGGUGGGACUCCAGCCUCAUCAGUAGACAUUAAAGGUCUCACUGUUGGGACCAGGGGAAGCUCUCCAGCCCACAGUGCCCCCAAAGAUAGACCUGUCAGUAUGUUCAUGGAAAGAAGAGAAAGUCAGUUGGUGUCCAUGGUGGAACCCCGGUGCCAUUCCAGGCCAGCUCUGGACCCCAAGGAUCUCCCCGGCAGCCACUUCACAAGGACAGAGCGCCUCCGGCAACCCCGAACUCCCAACCAGUCCACCGAGGAGACAAGGACAAGUGGUAUAUUCUUCACACCAAAAGACAAUCCCUUUGGCCUUCAUGGGGAAGCAAGUCAUCAAUGCCCUUCCAAAACUGAACUAGCUAGGAAGCCAUUUAAGAUGCCGGGGUCUGGCAGAGGAGAGGUUCCCAGACCGACCCAUAAAAAGAAAGCCCGCAUGGCGCGGACACGCUCCGAUUUCUUGACUAGAGGUACUUUUGCUGAUGGGGAGGGGGAUACGGAGGAAGAUGAUUACGAUGGCAGUUUUGAGUUCCUUCUCUCCUCUGACCAACCUCCUCAUCCCGAGGCAGUGCCUGCAGCCCGGCUGGGCCAGGCCUGUUACAGUGACUCCGAAAUGACGGCGCAGCGAUUCGCUUCCGGGGAAGGCCAAACAAAGCUGCACAAAACCAUGUCUCAGGGGGAGAUUGGGAAGCUGGUGGCCACACAGAAGAGCCUGGCUCCUGAUGGGAGGCCUCAGCGAGCCAAGAUGAGAUUUUGGGCAAAGGGAAAGCAGGGAGAGAAGAAGACCCCACGGGAGAAGCUUGCUACCCAGUCUGAGCUGCUAGAGCUGUAUGCAGAGCCAGAAGCCCCCAGCAGGGAGGUGAUUUCUGGCUUGCAGCUUGGUGAAGAGCUGGGUCCUCACCACCUGACCCCUCCGCGAAGCCCUGAGCUGUCCGGUAUCUACCGUCGGGAGUUUAAGGAGAACAAGGAGCCUUCUCCCAAAGUGAAACGCAAGCGCAGUGUCAAGAUCAGCAACGUGGCCCUGGAGCCCGUGCAGUGGCAGAACGACUCGCUGCAGAUCAUAACCAGUGCUAGUGACUUGAAGAGCAUGGAUGAGUUUCUCCUGAAAAAGAUGAAUGAACUGGAUAAUGAGGACAGCAAGAAGGACACACUGGUGGACGUUGUGUUCAAAAAAGCAUUGAAGGAAUUCCGACAAAACAUCUUCAGCUUUUACUCCUCAGCAUUGGCGAUGGAUGAUGGGAAAAGUAUCCGCUACAAGGACCUUUACGCCUUAUUCGAGCAGAUUCUGGAGAAGACCAUGAGGCUUGAACAGAGGGACUGGAGUGAAUCUCCAGUUAAAGUCUGGGUCAAUACCUUCAAAGUCUUCCUGGAUGAAUAUAUGAUUGAGUACAAACCCUUGGACUACACUGCCGUGAAGGUGCCAAAAACAGAACGAAAAAAGAGAAGAAAAAAGGAAGCAGAUGUGGUGGAAGAGCACAACGGUCACAUUUUUAAGGCAACCCAGUACAGCAUCCCCACCUACUGUGAAUAUUGUUCCUCCUUGAUCUGGAUAAUGGACAGGGCUUCUGUUUGUAAAUUAUGUAAAUAUGCUUGUCACAAGAAGUGCUGUCUUAAAACCACAACCAAGUGCUCCAAAAAGUAUGACCCCGAGCUCUCCUCCCGGCAGUUUGGUGUGGAGCUCUCCCGCUUGACCAGUGAGGAGCGAGCGGUGCCGGUGCUGGUGGAGAAGCUCAUCAACUACAUUGAAAUGCAUGGGCUGUACACUGAGGGCAUUUACAGAAAAUCAGGGUCCACCAACAAGAUCAAGGAGCUGCGGCAAGGACUUGAUACAGACAUUGAUAACGUCAGUUUAGAUGACUACAACAUCCAUGUCAUCGCCAGUGUGUUCAAGCAGUGGCUCCGUGAUCUGCCCAACCCUCUCAUGACCUUUGAGCUCUACGAAGAGUUUCUGCGGGCAAUGGGCCUCCAGGAGAGGAAGGAGAUGGUGAGGGGAGUGUAUUCUGUCAUUGACCAGCUCUCCCGCACCCAUCUCAGCACCUUGGAGCGUCUCAUCUUCCACCUGGUGAGGAUUGCUCUCCAAGAGGAGACCAACCGAAUGUCAGCAAAUGCCUUGGCCAUUGUCUUUGCUCCCUGUAUCCUCCGCUGCCCUGAUACGACGGACCCACUGCAGAGUGUUCAGGACAUCAGUAAAACAACCACUUGUGUAGAAUUAAUUGUCAUCGAGCAGAUGAACAAGUACAAGGCUCGUCUCAAGGACAUCAACAGCCUGGAGUUCGCAGAGAACAAAGCCAAGAGCCGCCUCUCCUUGAUCCGCAGAUCCAUGGGUAAAGGACGUGUGCGACGUGGUGCCUACCCCAGCCCGACGUCUCCCGUCGCUGCGCGCCUGCCCUCGGUGACCGAUGUCCCUGAGGAGACCAUGAGCAGUGAGGAAGCCAUGGAGAUGGAGGUGACAGACCAGCAGCAAGCGGCCAUGCAGCAGGAGGAGAAGGUUCUGACUGAGCAGAUUGAGAGCCUGCAGAAGGAAAAGGAGGAGCUGACGUUUGAGAUGUUGACACUGGAGCCCCGUGCCUCUGACGACGAAACCCUCGAGUCCGAAGCCUCCAUCGGCACCGCUGACAGCUCUGAAAAUCUGACCUUUGACUCUGAAGGAGCCAUCUCUGACCGUUCAGAGAGAAGUGUAGCACUUACCUCCCUGCGCCCUGCCAAGGCAGAGGGGCCGAGCCGGCUGCGAAGGCACCCCAGGAUGCGGCUGGACACGGCAGACCCAGCCGAGGCCUCCAUCUCCUCUUCUUCCCAAUCAUCCACCUCCUGCUUGCCCCAUUUGCCCCGGAAGCGCUUCCAGAUGUACUCCAAAUCACCUUUCUACCGAGCAGGGGUAACUGGAGAGCCCCCUGAAGCCCGGGCAAGCCCCGAGGCCUUCAUGGGACCUCUGCGUUAUGCUGAGGACCGGCCUCAGUUCACCACCCGCGGGACCUUCAACCCAGAGAAGGGCAAACAGAAACUGAAGAGCGGGAAAAGUUCCUCUCCCAAAACCAAAGAGCCCCCAGAUGGGGGGCCAGGGGGGGGACGCAAGAGGAACCCCGAGGCCGACUGCGCCGCUGCCCAACCCCUCGUCCUCCUGGGGAGCAAUGAGUUCAUGGUCUGAGACCGUACACCUCCUCGUUAGCACCAGAACAAUGAGUUCUUCAUUAAGAAGGGCCGGUGGGGAACGGUUCAAAUGGUGGCCUUAAUGGUUUGGGGGUUUUGAGACCUUUGGGGGGGUUGGACUGGGGGCAGAGGAGGGGGCACUGGCCGGCUC